AUGAAUUAUUGUUUGGCAUGGGAGGCGGAAAAUAGGCCAAAAAGUUGCCAAGUCACGCGCAAAAAAGGUCAACGACACAUGAAGGGCCAUGGAAGAAAUAUGGCCCUCAAGCAACCGGGGAAACGGACUAUCGACCUGCGCCGCAUAACAAGAGAAAGCUUGCCUGUGAAACGGACUGGGUGCCAGGCAUUCAUGGGCGACUUCGCAAUGGCGGCUGUUGCUGCUUCAGACAGACGGCCUUUGACCAUUGCAUGUUUCAGCGAGGAUGAACAGCCUGGGAGACCCACGACCAUGGGCGCACGUAGCGGAGCAUUAUUAUCCUAUUCUUGCUUGUCCAAAUUCAUGCCUCGACGUGUUUCCGACACAAUGGAUUUCUUCUGCCCGCCGUAUUAUGCCGCCCUGGCGUCUCGUUUCCUGUCGGCUAUGUGCUCUACUCUUUCGCACGGCUAUUCGGUGUCUGAGCGUCACGGGCCAAGCUCGUCCGACACCGACAGACGGCACUUUGCGGUGUUAUGCCGCGGACUGCUCACCGACUCGAAAUUUGAUCGAGCUUGUCCCGGGAUCUUGUUCAGUGUGCUCGUAAAAGAGAUUCCAGACCGUUUGAUACCUUCCUCAUACAACACCCACGCAGAAAAGCAGCCGGUCGUGAAUCAUGGGUGCUACCUGUAUCAGUACGACGAUAAUGUAGUCGUGCUGGAUGGGCGUCGGCUGCCUACUGCCUGGCAAUUUGAAAUAGCCACUACUUUUUACGUCAAUGGACGACGUCACUGCCGCCCCGUAUCCAGCAUUCACGAUACCACAUACGUAGUCUGCGUACUACUGUUACAUGCCAAAUCGAACUCUGUAGGCUCAUCACAUUUGUUUAGUUGGCCGAGGAGAGCACAAAACUGGAUGCGGCUGCGUCGAUAUGCGUUCAUUGGAAUUGCGAUCGUCGACCCUGUCAUGCUCGUCUGCCCAAGAUCUGCACUUGGAUCGGCGACUUUAGCUGUAACCACCUGUUGGCUCCUCUGA